AUGGAGUUAAAAGUUGGUGGCAAAUACCGAAUCGGCCGUAAAAUCGGCAGUGGCUCAUUCGGAGAAAUCUACCUGGGCACAAACACUCAAACUAAUGAAGAAGUCGCCAUAAAGCUCGAAAGUGUCAGGUCAAAACACCCUCAACUUCUCUACGAGUCACGCAUAUACCGAAUUCUUCAAGGAGGAACAGGAAUCCCAGUUAUCCACUGAUACGGGGUCGAAGGAGACUAUAACGUUUUAGUUAUGGAUCUCCUCGGGCCUUCGUUAGAAGAUUUGCUUCAAUUUUGCUCACGCUGCUUUUCUAUUAAAACGGUCUUGAUGCUUGCUGACCAAUUGAUAGCUAGGAUCGAGUACAUGCAUUCUAAAAACUUUUUACAUAGAGACGUGAAGCCUGACAAUUUCCUUAUUGGGCUCGGCCGCAAGGCAAAUCAAGUAUUUGCUAUUGAUUUCGGACUGGCGAAAAGAUAUAGAGACCCAAAAACUAAUGUACAUAUUCCCUUAUAGAGAAGGAGAAAUAAAAUGGUGAGGUGACAGAAAUAGGAUACGAGGCGACACCUCCUAAUGGAGCAGUAAACCGGCGCAAUAGGUGGCGAAAGUAAGCUCUUUGUGAGUUAAGCAGACCAUCUCAAUGGAAGCCUGCCAAAUCAGAGUGCUUUGUUUCUCACAGAAAGUUUUCCUAUCCCUGCUAGAUGGGCUGGACAUAUUUUGCCUACCUCAUGUAUCCUUCUCAUCGGGGCCAUCGGAACAUCUUACAGAAGGUUUCUCUGCCAGGUGGUUCAGAUCGGAAAUUCAAAAGGUCGCCCCUUGGUGCCAAGAUGGGCAAUGAUUAGUGGUUUAUCCACUUAUGCCAACAUAAUUAUUAUUUUUAUAGAGAAGGAAAAAAUCUAACUGGGACUGCUAGGUAUGCAGCAAUUAAUACUCACUUGGGGAUUGAGCAGUCAAGAAGGGACGAUUUGGAAGGCCUUGGGUAUGUAUUUUUGUAUUUUUUAAGAGGAUCUUUGCCAUGACAAGGACUACCUGGAAAUAAUAAGAAGGAAAAAUAUCAGAAUAUCAUGGAAAAGAAAAUGAGCACCUCAGUCGAAUCGCUUUGUGAAAAUUUUCCGUCUGAGUUUGUGGUUUAUAUUAACUAUUGUAAAGCGCUAAGAUUUGAGGAUAGGCCUGAUUAUAGUUAUUUAAACGUAUUAUAAGCCUGUCAAUGAAAUAUAAAAGUUAUCAUUUUUUUAUAUAAAAAUUAGGAAAAGUGACUAUUUUAAUAAUGCUGAAAAAAAUUAUUUUGUGAUAUUUGAAAAGACUGUUUAAAGAUCUGUUUUUUAGAGAAAACUAUCAAUAUGAUUUUAUGUUUGAUUGAUGUGCACUAAGAGGAACUGGUCCAUCAACUGGGACAAACAGUGAACAAAGACAAAAGCAAGCCCAGGAUGAGCCGCAAGAAGAAUCAAAAGUGCCAGUCAUUAUGCAGCGGCAACUUCAGCCAGCUGCUAGAAAUGCACCAAUCCCAUCAAGAGGCUUUAAAUAG